AGUUUGGAUUUGGCAUGCAGAUUCUUGUAGCAGGGUGCCACGCCCACACUAACUCUAACGCUGACCUGUCUAGUGGCCACAUUUAUUUAUUUUUUGUAAAAGUUUAAAUGAAAUUUUGUUUUAAUUAUCAAUAUCUAUCUUCAUGUCAAAAAUUGUUAGAAUCUGAUCAAUUUAAUAUUUAUAAGCAAAUAAAAAAAUCGUCACUUGAUGGGGCUGUUGGGGGGUGUUCAUCUCCAUCUCCGUCGACUAUAGCGUUCUCCCUUGUUUAAGUUCAAAAUGUUAUUAAUGUGCUACAAUUUUUAUCUCAACUGUCCUAGUUACGAACUAAAUUAUUAAGUCCAGUCAGUAUGUAAAAUCUUGAAUUAAAACCAAUAUCAUCAUGAAAAUGGAACGAAAUCGACUUAUUUUAAGUUUUUCUUUUCUAACCAUUUCGUUCUGAUAUUAAGAACACGCUUAUUAAAAACGAAGUUUCUCAGCUCAAGAACAAUGUUCUUGGUUUUUGUAGACUAAUUUGGGGUACCUAUAAACAGUUUAAAACAGAUUCAAUGAUAAUAAUACUUUUACUUUCUAAAAAUGAUACCGAUAGCUUGGUUACCAAUUGGACUUAGUUUGACUCGUUCCAUAAUCUAAAUGAAAUUUUGUUGUACCGAAAAAUUUGAAGACUCAAAGUCACAAAGCACUCAAACAAAAAAACACUCGGAAAUUUCCCCUAAUUUUGCUCUCAAACAUUUUCCUUUUGCGAGGAAACUCAGAUCAAAUGGAACUACUCUUGUUGGUGGUUGGUUUUUCCGUUUCGGGGUCUAUCUUUGGUUUGAGGUAGAUUUUUCGGGAACUCACCCACCAGUCUCCGUUACACCAUAGAACAGAAAACCUCGUGAGCGGCGAUGUAAACAUUUUUCGAUUCCCAUUCUACUCUGUUUCGUGUUUGUUCGUGUGUUGUGAGUGUGUGACGGGUCCACACCUCUAAAAUGACCGACUUCUUAAUGAACGGUAUUUUGAGAUCAUUUAGAAAAAUGCGCAUGAAUAAGGGCUCGGGUCAAGACGGUCAUCACCAACACCGUAACUAUCAGCAGCAGCCUCUUCAAAAUGUCCAGGCCUAUCAACAAACCUACUCUGUGCAAAAAUCGAAGUAUUUGAAAAAAACUAUUAGAAUCAUCAAAAAGAACAUGAUUAAGGAAAAAAUCAAUCGUCAAAUGAAAAUUCUUGUCUAAAAAUAUAAUAAAUAUAACGAGUAUAUAAUAAUCUUAAGACUGCUAUUAAAGUCUGAUUUUGAGAACAAAAUGAAGUAUACCCAUUUAUAAACGAAAUGAUCUCUACAAAAUUUACAAGAUAUCUUUAAAAAAGGUUUUACAACUUUGAACAAAAUGAUUUAACAAUCAAAUAGUAAUAUAAAGACGCACAUGUAUAAGA